AUGGGUGACUUGAUGAAAUUUGUUCGACAGCAGUUCUUUGAUAACAACUGGACUAAAUCUAUUGAUCCUGAUUCUCUUAAUGAAGAAAAACUGGAAUGUAUCGAUGCCUCUUUCAGUCAUAUGGAUGUAAAAUCAAAGUUGUGUUUACUCUUAGCUUUCAGCAACAUGAAACAAAGUACAGUACAACAGGUUUGUAAUGAUCGUUAUCAAGUAUCUUCCCUGUUAUCUUGUCUACUUUUAUAA